CCAAUUGCAAUUUCUUUUCAUCCUGGGGUUUUAUCCUUCAAAAUGAGGUCAACCUUCCUUACUGUUGCUGGAGUCCUCGUGGGAGGACAGGUAGCAGCUGCUAAACCCUUCAGUUCCCUAGACUCUUUCAUAUUGAAGGAGGGCGCGCGGUCCUAUCAAGGGAUAAUCGACAAUCUGGGAAACAAAGGUGUUAAAGCACCUGGUACAGCUGCUGGCUUGUUUGUUGCGAGUCCCAACACAGCGAAUCCAGACUACUUUUACACUUGGACUCGUGACUCUGCUUUGACUUUCAAGUGCUUGAUUGAUCUGUUCGAUGGUGGUAGUUCCGAAUUUGGCUUGAAGAACAGCGAAUUGGAAACCGAUAUUCGGAACUAUGUCUCCUCGCAGGCAGUUCUGCAGAAUGUAUCCAAUCCAUCUGGGACUCUAGAGAAUGGAGCGGGCCUCGGUGAGCCCAAAUUUGAAGUUGAUUUGAAUCCCUUCACUGGCUCUUGGGGCCGGCCUCAGCGAGAUGGCCCCGCUCUCCGAGCUACUGCUUUGAUCACCUACACCAACUACCUGCUUUCCAAGGGUCAAAAGUCCGAGGCAGUCAACAUCAUGUGGCCCAUUAUCUCCAAUGACCUGGCAUAUGUUGGCCAGUACUGGAAUGACACCGGCUUUGACCUCUGGGAAGAGACUGACGGAUCUUCGUUCUUCACAUUGGCCGUUCAACACCGUGCUUUGGUGCAGGGAGCAACUCUAGCACAGAAGCUUGGCAAGUCAUGCACUGCGUGUUCGUCUCAAGCGCCCCAGAUCCUUUGCUUCCUGCAGAGCUUUUGGAACGGAAAAUACAUCACUGCAAACAUCAAUCUCGACACCAGCCGUACUGGUAUUGAUGCAAACACCCUUUUGGGAAGCAUUCACACCUUCGAUCCCGAAGCUGCGUGUGAUGAUUCGACUUUCCAGCCUUGCUCAGCUAGAGCACUGGCAAAUCACAAGGUUUAUGUUGAUGCUUUCCGCUCAAUCUACAAGAUCAACAGUGGCAUUGCCGAGGGUUCUCCCGCCAAUGUUGGCCGCUACCCAGAAGACGUCUAUCAAGGGGGUAACCCAUGGCGAGAAGCUAAUAAUCAAAUAUAUAGGUAUCUCACCACUCUGGCAUCAGCUGAAUUGCUCUACGAUGCCUUAUAUCAAUGGAACAAGAUUGGCGGCCUUGAUGUUACCGAGACUUCUCUGGCGUUCUUCAAGGAUUUCCACUCAUCUGUGAAGACUGGUUCCUACUCGGCACAUAGCCAGACCUACAAGACGCUCACAUCUGCCAUCCGAACUUAUGCCGACGGCUUUGUUGGCCUUGUCCAGGAAUACACCCCUGCUAACGGCUCCUUGGCUGAGCAGUACAACCGCAACACCAGUGUCCCACUCUCAGCAAAUGAUCUGACAUGGUCGUUUGCUUCCUUUUUGACGGCGAUCCAACGCCGCGAAUCAAUCGUGCCUGGCUCGUGGGGCGAGAAGUCUGCCAACACUGUCCCAACCACCUGCUCCGCUUCACCUGUUACUGGCACCUAUAAGGCUGCUACUUCGACAUUCCCUACUUCCACUGCUGGGUGUGUUCCCGCGACUGAUGUCGUGCCAAUCACAUUCUACCUCAUUGAGAACACAUACUAUGGGGAGAAUGUUUACAUGACCGGUAACAUCAGUGCGCUCGGCAAUUGGGACACAAGUGAUGGCCUUGCGCUCGACGCAGGGCUUUACACUGAGACGGACAAUUUGUGGUUUGGCACUCUGGAACUGGUUACUGCAGGUACUCCAUUCGAGUACAAGUACUACAAGAUUGAGCCUAAUGGAACGGUUACUUGGGAAUCCGGCGACAAUCGGGUGUCCGUCGUGCCCACUGGCUGCCCUAUCCAGCCCAGUCUACACGAUGUGUGGCGGUCUUAA